CAUGACAGUGACAGAGAAGGAGGAAUGAGACUCAUGGUGGGAAGUGGUUGUUGAUGCCGGCUGGAGCUGAUGGAACCUGCCUCCAUGAAAUAUGGGAAAUAUCUGGUCCUCUCACACCUGCAAACACCUCAAAUGAUGAUGGCAACAGGAGCAGGGUCAUUUUUUUAGUUGGACUUAGUGAUGUGUUGGUUCUAUUCACUGCCUGGUAAUAUCACAUGCAUUUCCAAGACGCAAUGAAACGUACCCCCACGGCAUCAAAGCGUAAUGCACGGCGAGGCAAUCUUGCAUCCAAUCUAGAGACUCGGCUCCAGUAGCCUGUGUGGUCUCUGGAGGGGUGAGACAUGCCUCCUCGCGCAGCCUCUCGCCGCUCUCCAUCCAUGGCGCAUCUCCAGCUCUGAAUCCACUCCGGCUCUGGACACACCGGCGGCAGCGCUGAUCCACUCACACACAUACACACACUUUCACAAAUGCAGCGCAGAGGACUGGACCGGCCGGAAAAAUCCUACCGAGUGCGUUGAUGCGUGAAGGAUGUAGAGCCAGAGGGGGGGGCAGGAUGGAGUGCUCCUGGAAGACGGUGCUGCUGCUGGUGUGUGCAUCUCUUGGGGUCCAGUACACGGCCAUCCGGACCCUGAGGGACUCUCUGUCUGGACCCUGUCAGGGAACCUACCGCUGCCAGACCAGACACCACAGAGACUCCAGGUGGAGAGCCCUGUGCGAUGACAGCUGGAUGCCCAUAGAGUCACCGCGGAAGCACAUCCUGCUGUUUGCCACCACGCGCAGCGGCUCUUCCUUCACCGGGCAGCUCCUCAACCAGCACCCAGGGAUCUUCUAUGUGUUUGAGCCUCUCUACCACGUCCAGCAGGCCUUCACCAACUCCAGCAGCAGGCUGCGUCGCACCCUGGAUCGCCGGGCCCUACUGGGAGCGUACAGGGACCUGCUCCUCAAUCUGUACACCUGUGACCUUCACUUCAUGGAGAAUUACAUCCGUCCAGAGCCCCAGAACCACGUCACAAGCUCCUUCUUCCGCCGAAGUUCCAGUCACGCCCUUUGCUCCCCUCCUGUGUGUUCAGAGGGAGGGGAUUUAGCAGCCUCUGAUCCUCCUGAUGAAACCUGGUGUCCCAAGAAGUGUGGGGCCCUGAACCUCACCCUAGCCUCAAUGUCAUGUCUGUCAAGGGAACACGUAGCCAUAAAGACUGUGCGGGUCCCUGAGGUGGGGGACCUGCGCACCCUGACAGAAGAUCCACGUCUGGACCUGAAGAUCAUCCACCUGGUGAGAGACCCCAGAGCCAUCCUUGCCUCACGCAUGAUGGCGUUUUCAGAUCAAUUCCGUGCUUGGAAAAUAUGGAACGCGACAGGACGGCAGCCUCGAUACGUGGACCUGACACAGAUCACCAGCACCUGCAAGGACAUGACAGCGUCUGCAGAAACAGGCCUUCAAAGGCCAGCGUGGCUGAGGGGACGCUACCUGCUGGUGCGGUAUGAGGACCUGGCGUUCAACCCGAAGGAAAAGGCCACUGAGUUGUACAGGUUUGUGGGGCUGGAGAUGGAGGACAGGGUACGAAUGUGGAUCGCAAAGAACACCAACAGUAACGUGUCGUCUCCGUCAGAGUGGAACUACAGGUACUCCACCACCAGAGACUCCAGAGCGACAGCGGAGAGCUGGAGGCUUCAUUUGGGCUUUGACAUCGUGAGGACUGUGCAGAAUCUGUGCAACGACACUCUGGCCCUGCUGGGGUACAAGCAGGUGCACUCAGCAGGCGAACUCAGAAACUUGUCUCACAGUUUAGUAGAACACAGGACCUUUCAACCAGCCACAUGGUAGAUUUGAUUUAAAAAUCAAUGUUAUUUAUUUAUUUAUUUAUUUAUUUAGUUCAGCUGACUUACCGCUCCGUCAUGAUGCUGAGAAAAUGAAUGUAAUUUAUCUUAUUUUUCAAUAAUUCCUAAAGUAAUUUAAUAUCUCUUUAUAUGGUUUUGUCAAAGAUAAUAGAAGUGCCAAAUGUCAAUGCUGUUCUGGUGCUGGAAAAGGUGUUGAUCGAAAAUAAACAGCUGUAUGUGUUGAUUGAAAAAAAUCUCGACUUGUUCAACAGUAAGCUGGAUCCUGAUGUGAUGAAGAUAUUAUGCUGUGUUUUUUUUUUUCAUGAUUUAAUUUUCUCAUAAUUUCAGUGUUUAAAGGAGAAAAAAAGACACUUGAAACAGCCCAGGCACCAUUUCAGAGUAAAUCCGACCCCAAGUCACACAAAAAGCGAUGUUCCUGAAGGUGAGAAAAACAGGAAACGAGGCGGAUUUAUUUGUUAAAAAAUAAAUAAAUUAUAGCGCCUUCCAAGUGUCUCUAAUGCAUUUUGGAAAAGGAUUAAAAUGUCACAUAUGGUAGGUAGAAAAUCUUCUGCAGCACAGAGCAGUUUUGAUUUCUCUGUGAAGACGUUGAGAAUAUGAGAAUAUGUUUGUUUGCUUGUAAAUACUGAUUAACUGUUGCAACGCAAGUGUGCAAAUGCUAAGUAACGGAUGUGUUUGAACAUUUUAUGUCUGUAACUAUGCUGUUUAUAUUUUCUAGACUUUUUAAAAUAAAUUAUUCAUAUGUAAGUA